AGAAAAACGUCUACUGAUGGAACGAAAACUCACGCUGUACUCCAUUUUUGUGCUCGGUUCUUGAGCCGAUCUGUUUCUCCCUAAAAAGGCAUUAAUCCACGUAAAUAAUAAAAUGGCAAGUUUUCGUAAAGAAGAGCAAAGAGAUUAAAAUAUGCCACUCUAACCGCUGAAGGUCUGGCACAUUUUACAGCUGUGUCACAUUAAUUCAUCUCCAUGCACCUGCCUUUACUAAAAUGGCAUUUUCUUAGCAUCACAGUUUCUGCAGGUACAUUACAUAUCUUCUACGCACUGUUUAAAGUGGUUGUAGUGUAUAAUAAGGGUUACCACACAGACGACUUGCAAGAGCGGUGACCAAAAUAUUUCAAGGAAGUUAAAAGGGAAAUAAGUGAAACAUAAAACGCGAUUUAUCAGUUUCGCUUAUCAUCCGUCCCAAGUAUAAUAUUCGACAGUUGGAGCACCAUAUGAUGCGUGUUUCUGGGCAUGGACGGAACUACGUGGAGUUUUCACCGGUGUGAUGUAUAGUGAUCCGCACUUCUGUGGUCAGCCACGCAUCGGAAACCACUACGUGUCCAAAUGAGAAAUGCGUGCACCAAAUUAAAAAAGGCACUACUGUUGUGUUUUGCAUGGUAGCUCACAGCUUGCUGAUGGGAAUCAACUUAUUUUGAAGCAUGUCCCUAGUUAACAUUGAAUUCGGCCUGGAAACCCUGUAUUUUUUAGUUAUUGUGUAGCCCCUCCCCAGUCCUAGCUAUUGUACGCUCCACUUAGUGGCUUACUUUAUCGGACCUGGAGGCUGUGAAAGCAGAGAGCUGCGGGAUAAAGUAGGAACUGACUGUUUAGGCGUGCCUUGCUUCCCCACAGAGCCACAAAUUUAUACAGCACAAUGGCAGUCUGUGAGGGGCAUUGAGCAGAAGCCAACCAAGGGGACCACGUUUUAACCGAAUACAGCUUCUGGUGGUACAGUAGGAUGGAAUAAAACACACACGUACGCUGUAAUUUUGCUUCAUUCAGUCAGUAUAGAGAAAUGAAGGUGAAAUGAAAGAAAACUAUCAAAACGAGCACAAUGUUAUUUUUAGUGGAAAGAAGACAUGAGGAGAUGGGGAAGAAUCGGUAAUUUUUGCUUUUUUGCGUCUUGAGCUGUAAAGGAUGCUGAUGAGUGUUCUUUGUACUGCGUGUGGAAAUAUUAACAAUUCAGAGGAAACAAACAUCAAAAGUAUUGUGAUUAAUCAGUACUGGAAACUGGAGAAGGUCCUUUUAUCGAAACUUUAAUUUCCUAGCAAUAUCUUUGUGGCACUACGAACAUUUUUAAGCGGAACGUUCUUUACUCGUGGUGUGGAUUGAAAUGGCUUUUACGUUUGCUGCUUUUUGCUACAUGCUUACCUUAGUACUCUGUGCAUCUCUGAUAUUCUUUGUCAUCUGGCAUAUAAUUGCCUUUGAUGAAUUAAGAACAGAUUUUAGGAAUCCCAUAGAUCAAUGCAACCCAGUUCAAGCGAGAGAACGGUUGCGGAAUGUUGAGAGAAUCUGCAAGUUACUGAGGAAGCUUGUAGUGCCAGAAUAUUCCAUCCAUGGGCUCUUCUGCUUAAUGUUCCUAUGUGCAGCAGAAUGGGUGACACUAGGGUUAAACAUCCCUCUGCUUUUCUACCAUCUUUGGAGAUAUUUUCAUCGACCCGCUGAUGGCUCAGAGGAGAUGUAUGAUCCUGUAUCUGUCAUGAAUGCUGACAUACUAAACUACUGUCAAAAGGAAUCCUGGUGCAAACUGGCUUACUAUUUACUGUCCUUCUUCUAUUACCUGUACAGUAUGGUAUAUACGCUUGUGAGCUUCUAAGCUUGAAGAAAACUAUCUUAUGACAUGCCACAUGGAUGCCAAGUUGAAUUAAAAAUAUAUAUCUUCAGAUGUUCAGAAACAGAAAUAUGACCUACAAUGCAGCAGGACAUACUAAAUAGACAAUCAGCUUGGUAACAAUAAAUAUGGAAUAAUCUGUUGAUAAACUUUGUGUGCAGAUCAGCUGGAAUUCUAUCAAAACGCUGUGGAUCUGUCUGGCAUUAGAACUCAACCACAAACGUACUGGGAAUGGCAAUAUUAACGAUUACAAAUGAUUCAGAUUUAAUCCUUAUAUUUGUAAGGUUUUAAAACUAGUGCAUAACUACAUGAAACUGUCUUCAUUUGUACAUGCGAAACAAAUAGCUGUCUUAAUUUGUUUAUGUAUGGUUUUAUUCAUAUAAUCAGGAUAUUUAAGUAGUUAUUUUAUAAAGUGCGCAUUAUAUCAUUUACAAUCUAUUAAGAAAAUCUACAGAAGUAAAAUGUUCCAUAUUUAAACAAGUUUUGCAUUUUUAUAUUGUAUACUAUUUUAAUCAUUAAGUGUGUUCACAUACACUGAAAUGCUAGCCUAGAACACAGCACUGGGAUUACACGUUUGCCAAAUUAAAAUGUAAUUAAAGAGAAAAAGAGAAUGGAGACAGAGAGCAAGAGAGAAUAAAACUACUUGCUUAUAUUUAUAUCUUAUUUUAUCAUUUUUUUUUGUUGAGAAAUGGAGCACAUGAAUAUGUUUAAGUAUAAACAGGUAAUACAACAUUUGAAACUAGUAAUACGUUUAAUAAUUGGAAGAAAAGUAAUUCCCCCAAAAGAAAUGGCAGUGGCCUUUUUAAUGGUUUCUAAAAGGUAGAAGCUAAGAAUGUAUAUAUUGCAUUUGGACCUGUGUUCUUAAAUAUGUCUCAUCCAUUUACAAUGCAUUGUUCUCAGGAUAAGGUAAUGAUAGAAUAUCUGGUGGAUUUUAAAAGCCUGAUGCUACAUAUUAUUAAUUUAGCAUAUCAUUCUGAAAAAAUGAUUCACUUUGACAAAAAUAUAUGCUAUGGAAGCACAGCAAAACAUUUUAAUGUGUCCUCUACCUUGAUUUCAGUUGAAGUAAAUCAAAAGAUCUUGAUGUUGGUGUGUUCCAUUUACUAUAAGGAAAAGAACAUUGGCAAGAUUUAAUCAUCAGCAAUUGGAAAAAAUGCUGAACUUCAACUAUGACGUUUUUUAACUCUCGUCAUGAUUGAUAAUUGUUAAGACCAUCAUAUGAUAACAAUAUAACUUCACACAUAUGACAAUGACUUUCAGUUUAGCACAAAUGUGAGCAUAUUAAUUUUUGAAAGUUUCAUAAGAACUGAUGAAGUUUAUUCUUUACCCUCACUGCAGGAAGUAAGUGCAUUCAUCUAAAGAGAGCUUGUGAAAUUUACUUGGCUCUAAUCACAAUAGAAAAAAUAAGCCAUAUACCAGAACUUGAAUGCUGUUUCUAUGUGUUCAAGAAAGUUUAGCUGCCUUUUUGUGUAAUAUUUUACCCCAUAUAUAAUUCACAUUUGUGGUAAUACCAUUUUGUUAUCAUGCAUUAAAGCUUAAACAUAUAUUGUGGCUCAUUUACAAAUUAAUGUUAAAUAUAUGCUUUACUGUGCUGCACUCAGCAACUACUGGUCGAUAAGGCAUUUGUAGAGAAUUUCACCCUGUAUCAGAGAUAUUUAAUUUCUGUGAGAAAUAGUGGAUGUGCCUCUAGUUUACUUUUGUUUAUUUGUUUGUUUAUUUUUACAGAAUGAGUCUCUGACACUUGUUUCUAAAGAAAAUAUGGAUGCCACUCAAUUUUUUGAAAGCAAUGUGUAGCAAAAGGAAGCUGAGUGAAAUUAUACUAUUUACCAUUGUGUCUUUACUGAGCACCUGAAGGAGAGAGGGUACAGUGCUAUUUCUUAUAAUGUUUUACCCCUCUUUGUCAGAUCAGUCAAAAUUGCAUAUAACUGAUUACACAAUACCAUUAUAUGAAGUACAUUUUCUGAAAGACAGCUGAUAUAAUAUAUCGAAUACUUAUUCUCUACCAUUAACAAAAAGCUCUGUGUCCAUCACUGUAUCGAUGUGCAUCUACUAGAGCAAUGUUUUCUUGCAGUUAAAGUACACCUUGCACUGUAUAUGGGGGGAAGCAGAGGUUACAAAAUGAGCAGGGUUUUAAACUGCCAAUGUCACUUUUAAAAUACACGUGCUGCUACUUUUCCAAAUAAAAGACAUUCCUAACAAAGUUAAUUAGUUCCCAUUUCUCAGUUGUUGCAGGUGAUGGGGAAAAAGAUAACGAAGGGGUAAUUUUUUAUAGGUGUCUCUGUUUUGUUGAUGAUAAAAAUGGAUUUAUAAUUUUUGCAAAAUUUACAGUGAACUGUUUUCUGUAUUUGUUUGCUAUUGACAGAGAAAUAAACUGAAGAAAAUAUUUUGUUAGCAUUCUACAGAUUUUUCAAAAUUCAUCUUAUUUCUAGGAUUGUGGAUCACAGCUGAAAGAACACAGAAAUCAGACUAGAUAAUUGUAAAGCUAUUUAUGCUGCUUUGAUUUUGCUCAAAGGUGGCAGCAAUAAUUCUGGAGGCUGAGCCAUUGAUUUGUAACAUGCAUCUGUGACAGAAAUAUGAAUGUGUGACACAGUUCUAUGAUGUGAUAGAUAGUUGUAAAAUUCUUGUUUUGAAUUUAAUUUUACCCCAUACCAUUAAUUAUUAUUAAACUUUUUUUCACUCUAAUAUAGUCUGUAAAGCUCAAGUUGAGGUCUUCCUAAAGUCCUAUACAUUUAAUAGGUUUCCAAAGAUUUGCAGAAACUAAAUUGAGAUGUAAAUUGAUAUCCUCAACUGUUUCUUUCUACUUGUAACUUCUCAUUUAACACAGUGUUUCUAAAUUUAAUCCACAAGAAAUGGUCGCUAAAGUAAAUAGAGGUUUCCUAAAUGAUUAUGAAGUAUUUAAACUACUGGUAUUAAAACAGAUUUUUUUAUUCCAUUCCUGGAAAUGGGAAACAGAAAUUGAAAUAACUACAAUGUGUAUUGAUGGAGUAUAUGCCCAUUAACUAAACCUUUUUUACAAAACUCUUUUGAAUUAACUUUAAUAAAAUGGCCAGAAAAACCCUAGUGUCCUAAAUUGCUAUUCACACUUAUGUAUGUGGCACAAAAUACUAUUAUGGUCAGAUGCGUAUGACUGGUAUAGUCUUGUAACAUAUUUUGAAAAAGCUGUUCUCCAGUAUGCUGUUUACCUGUCUUUGUACAUUUAUUUUUUAAAUGUGUGGCUUUUUUAAAUCUGCAUUGUUCUGAAAACUGUUUGUGUAUACUCUGUACUCGUUUGUAUUCAAUAAAUCAUUACUUGAGA